GCCAAUCCUCGUUCUCGCCAACUUCAUCCUCGCAUAUCCCUUCUUAUCAAUUUCCCGAUAUGGUGGCAUUGUCUCUUUCAUCCUCUGCAGGGAGGAAUUCGACUUAGACACUGCUAGAACAUUUCCAAGCAGUCAUCCCUUUAGCAGCGUGAGCAGUCACCUUCGUCUGCGGCUUAGCUAAACCCCGCCUGCGCCAUUUCUCCAUUCAGCAAGGCCUACUGCAUCACCAGUUUGCCACCACCUCGUCGUCAAUCCUCCGUGCCUCCAUCCUCCAGUCGCAAGUCCUUCACCUCUAUCCUUACCGCUCAUAUCUGAGCAAUGCUGCCCGGCGCUGAACAGAUCCAUCAUGAGCAGCUCGCAAUGACCUUUGACACCUCGAUCCGACCUUCCUCCUCCUCUUCAUCACAUCCGCCCUCGCUGUCCUCCUUGGCCGAUUAUCAUGGCUGGCGACAAGGCGGGCGAUUUCGACCCUCUGCGGACGGGUCGCCAACAUCUAUAGUCAUCAAUAUCAACGAUGGCGGGUCAACGAGCAGGGGGUUUCUUAUAGGCAUCUUAUCUGCCUUUGGAUCCGCAGGCAUAGCCGUCUUGAUCCUCGCCAUCUUCUUCUUUUUCAAGUACACCAAUCGUGGUCGGAUCAUCCUCGACCGCAUAGGCCGACCUGGAGAGUUCGAUGAUGAGCAGGCAUUCGCGCAGGAAGAAGCAGAGGCUCUCGAGUCGAUGGAUGAGCUGCAAAGGAUCGAGUAUCUGAGGGCUAAAGCAUUUACAGAAGCGAACCCGCCGGAAUCAGUGCAGACCGAUAUAUCCUUGUCGCAAUUCCUCGCGAUCCAAGAAAAAGGAGUUUCAGCCUGGGAAUUCGAGCCAGAACUUGAAAUCGCCAAUUGUUUUGUAGAAGCCCGGACCGAGAUUGAGUUCUUUGACUCGGAAUGCAGCGUACAAAGCAAUCUGCCGGUCCCCAAACAAAAUGAGGUAUACUACUGGGAAGCUAAGAUAUACGACAAACCGGAAACGAGCAUGAUCAGCAUCGGGAUGACCACAAAGCCAUACCCGUUGUUCCGAUUGCCUGGCUACCACAAAACAUCUGUUGCCUACGUGUCAACGGGGCAUCGCAGGUUCAAUCAACCUUUUGUGCCUACCACCUAUGGUCCCGCGUAUGUUCAAGGAGACGUAAUCGGCGUUGGCUAUCGGCCACGAACCGGCAGUAUAUUCUUCACCCGAAAUGGCAAGAAGCUGGACGAGAUUGCACACAAUCUGAAAAGCCAGAAUUUCUUCCCGACCGUUGGCGCCAAUGGGCCUUGCACUGUGCAUGUCAACUUUGGCCAAAUGGGGUUUGUGUUUAUUGAAGCCAAUGUCAAGAAAUGGGGCCUGGCGCCCAUGACCGGCAGCCUGGCACCACCUCCACCGUAUGGAAGUGAGCAAGGCAGUAUUCUUCUCGAAACUGGGCGAGAGGGCACUCGACAGUCUGCAUACGAACCGGGCCAUUCGAGAACACGCAGCGGUCUUUCCAGAAUCCCCGGGUUUUCAGGCAGCAGCCCUGGACCAAUCCGGUCACCAACGGACAUAUCGCUGGCACAAUUGGUACACAUAUCGACACAAGAUCUCCCGAGUCAGGGCCAGAUGGAUACGGGAGACAUUCAACAUCAACCAGUGGAAAACACACCACAAGGGCAGCAAAUCAUUCCUCCACCAGAGUACAGCAGUCCGACUGGAAGUCGGCGGAGCAGUAGUGAAGGCCGAGUGGAGGACCACCAGAGAAGGCCAACCGUGAGUGGCGCCGACCAACCACCUAUUCCUACCUACGCAGAGGCGGCUGGGCCUAGCCAUUCAUGAACACAAGAUACCCCUUAGUUUGAGACGAGCAUGAAUAUUAUCGCAGACUUUAUGUGAAUAGCGAAACGUGUUGUGUUUAUGGCGAAAGGGGAAUUGCGAGGAAUAUUGACACCACGUAUGGAAGGAAGCUGUUUCUUCAGCAGCCACGACCCAUGUGGUUGCAGGCUCAAGCGGUGAUAUACUCCGUACAUACGGUAUCUGAGGCUACGAGUACGUGAUAAAGACAUUGUUAUUAAGAGGAUGACCUCGAUGUUUCUGGGCCGAGCUUAAAGCGGCGGUACGAUGGUUACCUACUUAGUACAGUUACCAGUAGAUCCUGGAUUCUGCGGGGAAGUUGCGCGUACCCCAGCGCGUCCAGGUGCCCAGGGACCUGAGACCAUGACACCUUCCCGUUCCCCGUUCCCCGUUCCCUGUGUUACCAGAGUUCCUGAAAGUGCCUGCCAGGCCGCAAAAUGAUCGAAUGCUCCUUCCCAUCUAUCCAUGACUGUCUAC